UUACGUUGUCUCUCGUUGACGACAAGGUUACAGGCGCCUGCUCCACCUCUCCUUGUUACUUCGAGCUUGAACUACCAGCCGAUGUCUCGCACCUCCCGCCCUCUAUGCAGGAUCAGUUCUUUGCUGGUACAGGAGCUGUCUGCGGCACUUGGAACAAGGCAACGGGAGGUGCUUCUUCCAGCAACUGCAAUCUCAUCUCAACGACGAGAAGUUUGAACAUGUGGGGUGAAAGCACGGGCUACGGUACAGUCAAGUGCAUGUGCCGCCUCCAGGAUGGAACAUUUGCUGCUAUCAUAAACGCCUCGCAUACUAAAUUUGUUGCUCCGUCGCCCAUAUCCAACGAUGUCUACAUGUUGCAUUCGGGCAGCAAUCUUGCUGUCGACUUGUUCGUUCAGUCCGUGGGGAUUCCAAUCAUUCACGUGAUGGACAACAUGGCGCAGGUUGCAAUCUCUCCCGAGAAAUCCGUCGUUGUGAAAGACUGUGGGUGCUCGUUGUAUCAAUUCAGGUACACAAACUUUCAGUUAAAGACUCAGAAUUUUUCUCUAGCCUUCUACCUGAUCGAUGGCAAUGCCACCAGGGAAACCAUCUCGCUCUUCGUGCAAGUUCUCUUCUGCCAGGAUGUACUUCUCCCCGGGCAGAACGUGAUCGACUUGGCGCAGAGACACCACUUAGAUUGGCAAGCUCUUCUUACCCUCAACUCUGAGAUCCUGAACCCCAAAGAGAUUUAUUUACAGCCACCACGAAGGCUGUGGACCUGCUCAGAAACUUUGCAAGACUGGGGCCACUGUAAGCUCGAAGGGCUCACGGGGUUUGCCAUCUUGCGCAUAGGAAAGAUCCACCGCAUCCAUGCUGAGAGACUGCUAGGAGUCAUUCACAGCUACCGAGCCUCGUUCACACAAAUUGUGAAGAAUAACGUUGGUCGUCUUGGCAUCAGUAAGAACAUCACAGACUUCUCAUCGUAUGAAUCAAUGGUUUUGAAUUCAACAAUUGCCAACAACAUAGCACCUGAAGGUGAAGAAGUUUGUAUCGUCUCUGACUUAUCAGAUGUUUGUUACGUUUAGCUUUGGAUAAAAGUUGUUGUUUCGGUGUUCGUGAAUAAAAGCUAAAUCAACCCAA